GUGUGUGUGUGUGUUUUCUCUCUAGGUGUAUGUGAGAGGGCAGCAUGCAGUCGGCUCCAGCAGGUUUGUGGGACCCCCAUGGGCCCCAGUUUGAAGAUGGCUCCCCCCUCCCCCUGCUUCCACCCUCCGCCUCUCACCUCUCCCAUGUGAUCGCCGCGCCACCAGCUAAGCGAAUCACCUUCUACAAGAGAGGCGACGAUAAGUUUGCUGGUGUGAGGAUGGCCGUCCACAAACGCAGCUUCAAAUGCUUUGACGCACUGCUGGACGACCUGUCGCAGAAGGUGCCCUUGCCUUUUGGGGUACGCACUGUCACCACCCCCAGAGGAACCCACAGUAUUAAACAUCUAGAGCAGCUGGAGGAUGGGGGGUGCUACCUCUGCUCUGACAGGCGGCAGGCUAAACCAAUCAACAUGGAGCUGGCUGGCAAACGCCCCGCCCUCUGGCACCACCCCAGCCGCCGAGUGCCACAGCGACCAGCUGAAGACCCUUGCCCUCCCACUGCUCCAAGCCACACCCCUACACGGCAGCGGCGCAUCCUAUUGGUCAGAAACAGCGACCCUGCGGUGAGGAGGAGUGUGAUUCUGAGCCGCCGCUCGACCCGAAGCCUCCGAGUGUUUCUGGAAGACAUCUCGGAACUGAUGCAGUGUCACGUCAGGAAAUUAUACACACUGGAGGGACGCAAGAUUGACAGUGCACAGAGCCUGAUGACGUGUCCAGGUGUGUUGGUGUGUGUGGGUCGAGAGCCCUUCAGACCUCUACUUCUGGAGUACGUAACCAAGAGCUCUGAGGAGAAACUUCCUGGACUGGGGACGCGGUCGACUGGAAACGGGGCCCGCUCCCCGGGUACUGGAGCCCGCUCACCUGGUACUGGAGCCCGCUCACCUGGUAACGGAGCCCUCUCACCUGGUAAUGGAAAAGGGUCACGGUCUAGUGUCUGCAGCGAGGGACACGACAACAAGAAGAACGUGAACUUUGGUCUGGAGACUAAGAAGAGCAUCAUCCAUCCUCGCUUAGACUCUUCCAACCGCUCCACCCGUUUCUCUCUGUCCUCUGAGAAGUCCUGCGCUAACGGCCUCAGCACUUGUCCCCACUCCCACAGCGGCAGGGAGGCGGUGCUGAACGAUGACAUAGAGAAGCGGGUACUGGUGAACAAAGACGGCAGCCUGUCUGUGGAGAUGAGGGUGCGGUUCAAUCUCCACAACGACGAGACGCUCCAGUGGUCCACGGAGAUUAAGAAGUCUCCCUCUGACUCUCUGACCAAUGACUGCUGUCCGCUCAGGGAAGCCCCGCCCUGCUACCUACAGGGCCAAUCGGAAAGCUGCUCGGACCCUGACUACGCUUUUUGUGUUGCUGAAGCUGCCGACUACGCACCCAAGCCUCCACAGCGCUCCCUGAAGGAGCCACAGCCCCGCUGUGCCUGCUGCUACCAGAGACCCGACCCGGAGUAUGACCUCUGGGAAAACCCCGCCCACAUCCAGACCUCUAAGCACUCCCAUUCCAGGGUUAGACACACCCACUCUUCUAGCUCCUCCUCCUCCUGCCGCUCCAGCAGGGUGCUGAGGAGACGGGCCACCCACAAGGAGGGCUCGGAGCCCGGAAGGGUUGUCCAGGAGUGCUGCGUCAGGGAAGAGGUACAACGUCGGGUGGAGGUGGAGAGGGACGGAGGAAUGGUGGAGGUGUGUACAGUCAGCCGCAGCUGCAGCCGCAGCGAACUCAAUCUGAGUGCCCCAGACAACCAGGGGGAGGAGCGUCCUCCGUCUAGCUCCCCCCGCAUACUCCAAGCGCUUCAGGAAGAUGUGGAUGCCCUCCCUCCCAGCGCCUCACGCUGCUGCCAUAGCAACGACCCCCCACAACCGCUCCCUUUGACUUCGCGACCUCCCAGCCACUCGUCCAAUUACUCCAGGAGCAGGAACCACACCCCUGCCCCUACCCCACAGCGAGAGGUGAGGGGAGAGGGGGAAGAGGAAAGGUGUGACAUGGGUGAGGAGAGGGCUAGCAGAGCCUCCUCCCGGCGCUCUUGUCACUCCUGUUCCUGCCGUGGUGGAGAAGUCACCCCUCAGGCCCACCAGGAGAGGGCGGACAGCCAAGCCUCCCACAGAUCUUUCAAUAGAAUCACAACCCCUGUGGCUUCAGAGGAGGGAGAUGAUGAAGAUGAUGAGGAGGAGGAGGAGAGGGCAGUCAGCGUAAUGUCCACUCACACCGGUCUCUCCGGGGGAUCGGGUGGGUCAUUGGGGUCUAUGGGGUCCAUUGUGUGUUCUCACUGUAGCGGGUGUGACCAUAGGUCCAGCCCUGCAUCCUGCCCUUCACAGAGGUCACAGCGAUCUAAAUGUGAAGAGGAGAGGUCAGGGAGCGGACUCUCGGGUGGCUCAGAUGAGUCCGGUUUUUCUCAGAAGACCAACAGGUCCAACUGUACCCACUACUACCAAGAGGGCCGAGCAGCCAGCAGAAUGUCACACCUGUCUCUUCCCGAGGAGGGAGAGGAUACAGGGAAGGAGGAAGAGGUGGAGGUUGGCGAGAAGAGAGAAGAGGGGGAGAAAGAGGAGAGAGCAGCUAGUGUCCUCUCAGCUAAAUCUUUCUCUUCAGUCAAGGGCAGGAACUCCAGAACCUCCCAUAAGUCUAAGGCUUCAGAAUCCCUUGCAGACAUGGAGGAAGAGAUGGAGGAAGAGAUGAAGGAAGAGAUGGAGGAAGAGGGAGAAGUGGAAGACAGAAGAGAGCAGAGACCAUCAAGCGCCAUGUCAGCUAAAUGUAACCUCUCAGUAAAGUCCAACAGGUCCCAAAAGUCCUAUGGCAGCAAAUCUGAACGGGCGCCUUCCCCCACAUUACCAGAGGCAACAGCUACUGACGAGGUGGGAGAGGAGAGACCAGCAAGUGCCAUGUCAACUAAUUCAAACCUCUCAGCCAAGUCUAGCAGGUCUCAUAAGUCCACCUGUAGCAAAACAGAUGUGUCCACAAAAGUUUCAGAGAGGGCAGCAUCUCCCAGAUCAGAACCAGAAGCUGCUGAGGAUACAGGAGCAGCAGAGACAGAGGACAGAGUAGCCAGUGUGAUGUCAGAUAAAACCUGUGUUUCAGCAAAGUCCAGCAGAUGUCAUAAGUCUAGGGCUGCUUCUGUCAGCUCUGACACACCCGAAGUCCCUGAUAUUGAGACAACCGGUGAAGAGGCAGAAGAGGGCGAGAAAACAGAGGAGAGGGCAGAGAGCGCCAUGUCAGCUAAAUCUAACCUCUCAGUAAAGUCCAGCAGGUCCCGUAAGUCCACCUACAGCAAAGCAGAACAGGCCCCUUCCCCCUAUUCAGAGGCGCCAGAAACUGAACCUGGUCUAGAUGAGGAGGGCGAGGAGAGAGCAGCGAGUGCCAGGUCAACUAAAACCAGUACCUCAGCAAAGUCCAGCAGGUCCCAUAAGUCUAACCGUAAAGUUACCUCUCCAAAGCCAGCCGCUUGUGAAACGCCAGUCAAUGAUCCAGCGGAGGACACGGAGGAACAGAGAGCAGCCGCGUCAGGUGAAAUCAGGGCUUCUGUCAGGUCUAGCAGGUCUCACAAGUCUACCUGUAGUAGGAGUGCUAGGGCUGAGACACCUGUCGCCAAAGACAUCCCUGCUAUUGAAACAACAGAAGGAGAUGAGAAUGGGUCUGCUGCUGCCGCAGGAGACGCAGAGGAGAGACCGGCGAGCGCCACGCCAGCUAAAAUGAACGUUUCAGUUAAGUCUAGCAGAUCUCACAAGUCUACCAAACCGUCAGAGAGGGUUGUCUUUAAAGGGGCUAACAUCCUGGCUAUUGAAACAACGGGGAAGUCUAGCAGAUCUCAUAAGUCCACCUGCAGCAAAGCAGAACGGGCCUCUUCCCCCAACUCACCAGCUGAACUUGCCCCUUCUCCCAACUCACCAGUGGUACCAGCUUCUGCUGUAGAUGAGGAGGGAGAGAGAGCAGCGAGCACCGUGUCUGCUAAAACCAGUGCUUCAGUCAAGUCCAGCAGAUCCCACAAGUCUACCUGUAGUAGGAAUGUCAGGGCUGAGACACCAGGGACUAAAAACAUCCCUGUUAUUACGACAACAGGGGGAGAGGAGACGGUUGACGAUACAAUUGUUGCUGGAGACACAGAGGAGAGACCGGCGAGCGUCAUCUCAGCUAAAACCAGUACUUCAGUCAAGUCCAGUAGGUCUCAUAAGUCUACCUGCAGCAGGAGGGCUGAGAGUCAAAGAUCUCAACCAGCCGAUGUCCCUGUUAUUGAAACAACAGGAGGAGACGAGGUCGGAGACGAGAAAGAGAGAGCAGCCAGUGCCAUUUCAGCUAAAUCUAACGCUUCAGCAAAGACCCGCAGGUCUAACAGGUCCACCUGUAAUGGAAGUGCUGAAGCGAUCUCUCCAGCGGCUCAAGAUAUUCCCUCUAUUGAGACGACAGGUGAAAAAGAGCAGGGGGACAAAGAGGACGAGAAAUCUGAGGAGAGACCAGCUAGCGUCAUGUCGGCUAAAUCCACCACCUCUGACAAGUCCACCAGGUCCAGCAGUAGUAAGAGGGCUAAAACGCCAGCUGAUGUCCCUGUUGUUGAGACCACCGGAGGAGACGAGAAGGGAGAGGGGACAGAGAGACCAGCGAGUGCCAUGUCGACUAAAUCCAACGUUUCAGCAAAGUCCAGCAGGUCUCACAAGUCCACCUGUAAUAGUGGAAGUGCUAGAGCGGUCUCUCCAACACCCAAAACAGCAGACGUCCCUGCCAUUGAAACAACAGAGGUUGACCGUGAGGGAGAGAAAACAGAGGAGAGACCAGCUAGCGCCAUGUCGGCUAAAUCUCACAUCUCCGCUAAGUCCAGUACAUCUCAUACGUCUAAUGCAAGUAACAGAAGUAUGUUUCCGCACCUGAAAAAAGAGACAGGUGAGAGAGGCGUUAGCCCCGCCCCCAGCACUACAGGAGAUGACCUUGAGACAGGCCGUGUGAAAUCUGCCACGAGCACAAACCUCAAAGGUAAAGCAGAUUCCUCCCCCACCAGACCCCUCUCCAGAACACCGCAGAUCAGCGCUAAACCUACCAAUCGAACGCCGCCUGCCACCGAGACAGCCAAUGAGGAGUCUCGAAGUCAAGCCGCCAGCGAGGCUGCAGAUAUAGCUGAUGACGUCAGAAAUGAUGUCACAGAGGAGAAAGCGUCCAGCGUACGCUCCAAGAGCCCUGCCAAAGCAGCUGGAGACUCCAGGCCUGUGUCUGCUUCCUCCGCCCGCUCCACCGGGUCAAAGGUGAAAGUUGAGAAGGCCAGCAAUGCCCAUGAAGAGGAGAGUCCAAAUACAAGCGCCUCCGACUUCCUGCAAGUGAAAGGUCAAGGACACAGAGUCAAAGCUCAGAGUGACACAGGCAGCGUUCGCUCUGUGAAGACGGUGAUAGAAAGGAAUUCCAGACCAAAGUCACCGCGAGCGAGAGACCCUGUCCCCCAGUCCCCCAGUCCCACCAUUCAAUUGGAGACGGCCAGCAUCAGUGACAGCCUCCUCUCUCAGUUCCUGUCAGCUGCUGACCUGCUCAAGGGGAACAUUGCCGCCUUGCGCCCCUCCAGCGCUGGUGGGUCAACGGUUAGCCUCACUGAGAGCGGGAAGAGUGGACAGAGUCGGAAGAGCAGGAAACCCGAACAGGAAGAGGCAGAGUUAGAGGAGCUGGAUCCCCUCUGUCUGCCUAACACCUUGCCCAACGACGUUGUCAGUGAUUGGCUGAGAGGCAUACCUGCCGACGGCGGUAUGGAUAGCCCUGAAGACGAGAUGAACAAGGGAAUUGAAGAGACAGAAGAAGGAGAGGAAGCCGUGGAGAAAGGAGGGGAAACAGAGGGACAUGGAGGAGAUGAGACUGAGGAGAAACAAGAACCGGUUGAGACCACAGUGCUGGAGCAGGAGAACAUGGCUGAACCAGGACAACAGGAAGAGGAGCUGGAGAACAUGGCUGAACCAGGACAACAGGAAGAGGAAGAGGAGAACACAGCUGAACCAGGACAACAGGAAGAGGAGCAAGAACAGGAGAACACGGCUGAACCAGGACAACAGGAAGAGGAAGAGGAAGUGAAGGAGGCUGCAGAACACCCAGAGGAAGAGGAGGAAGUGAAAGAGGAGGAGGAAGAGAGGGGAGAGGAGGAGGGAGUAGCAGUGGAGCAAGAGAAGGAAGAAAAAGAAGAAGCGAGGGAGGAGGGAGAAGAAGAGGGGGGAGAGUGUUCUGGCUUCUGCCCUGACCCAGCCCCGCCCACCAAUGACAUCACUUCCUCUCGUCCUCGCCACCUGUUCCUCAGUAAAGAAUCAGAGCUGCCUCGGAGCUGCCACUCAUCUGUGGCCGUAAUGAAGGUUCUACUGAGCCCUACACUGGGCCGAUGCAGCUCCCUGCCCGAGAUAAGUCCUGUGUACGGACGCAGACUGAGCUCCUCUGCUAAAGGUCUGCUGGACUGUCUGGCCCAGCUGCAGCUCAUCGACCCGCCCUCUCUCCCAGCUGCAGCUCCAAGCCCUGACAGGGACCAGCGAUACCAAGAGGUCAUGGAUAUACUAGAGUCACUGUGGCUGUCUAAGCCCAGCCCCGGGAAGGGGAAAGAGGGAGAGGCAGAGGGGAAGGAGAGGUUGAAAGACUCUGGUGUGGACCUGAGCAGUGGCUCAGCUGGGUCGGGGGGUUCUGGGAAAGGCAAACCAGAUGAAACAGCGGGUGACAUCACUCCCAUAGCAGAGGGAGAGGAAGAGGCAGGAGAGACAGAGGAAGGGGUGGGGGAGGCAGGAGAGACAGAGGGAGAGACAGAGGGAGAGACAGAGGGAGGAGAGGGGGAGGAAGGAGUAGGAGAGACAGGAGGAGAGGGAGAGACAGAAGGAGGAGAGGGAGAGACAGAGACAGGAGGAGAGGGGGAGGAAGGUGCAUCAGCAGAGCUGCUUUCAGACACGGCCACCCCAGACAUCGCCAGCCGAGUACAGAGCAGUCCAGGGGAGGAUGAGGCGAUCUCAGAGUCGCCCGCAGGGAGAGGUGAGAUGAUGCAGACUCCUGAGAGCCUCAAAGCCCCAAAAAGCCCAUCCUCUUCAAACAGCACGGCCUAUAAGUCCCCCACUGACAUAGAGAGAGACACCCCGGAGGACACCCCUAGCUCAGGGACACCUCCGUCAGUCCAGCGAGCCCUGCUCACCAAGCGUGUCUCCCAGGACCCUGACCCGGUCUGGGUUCUCAACCUGCUGAAGAAGCUGGAGAAACAGUUUAUGACCCACUAUGUCGACGCCAUGGCUGAGUUCAAGGUGCGUUGGGACCUAGACAACAAUGUGAUGUUGGACACUAUGAUCACUGAGCUGAGAGACGAGGUGAAGAAGAGGAUCCAGACGAGCAUUGAUCGUGAGCUGAGGAAGAUCCGGGGGCGUGCAGGGCGGGGGGGCGUGCCUCGCCCCCCUAUCCUGUCCCGCGAUUCAACCGUUACAGACCAGAGGAGGCGGAGGCUAAAGGUCAUGAAGGUUCAGUCAGUGAACAAGAGUGACGGGGAGCAGGGUUCGGGGGCGGAUGUUAGUGACCAGCGCAGCGAGGGCGAGGAUGAGUACUGUCCCUGCGACACCUGCAUACGGAAGAAGGCAGACGUCCAACAAAUCAAAAUGGAAGCUGUGGUCGCCACAGCGCCGGUGAUGAUGGCGUUUGAUCUGCGGAAGAUCCUGCUGAUGAAGAAAGACCCAAAGCCUCUUGCGCCCUCUAGCCCCACGGAGGGGUUGAACAAUGAUCGCCUGGAAUUGGAGGAGAAGAAAGAGGAAGAGGAGGGUGUGAAUCCAGAGGUGGUACACAAAGACGAGGAAGAGGAGGAGACCAAGGAGGAUAUUAUACCAACUGUUGUCAUAGAGGAAGCUAUCCCUGAGGAGGAAGAGGAAGGAGUGACUGAGGGAGAGGAGGAAGUACAGGAGAGUGAUGGAGCUGAGUCUGUGAUGGGGGAAGUAGAUGAGGAGAUAGCUGAGGAGAUAGAGACUGAAGAACAGGAGGAUGGAGUGGUGGAGGGAACAGAGGAUGAGGAGGAGGAGGAAGGAGAGAUGGGAGGUGAAAUUUCAGGAGAAGAUGGCGUGGACGUGGAGGAGACUGGAGAGGGGGAGGAGUUAGUAGAAGGGGAGGAGGAAGGAGCAGGGGACGCUGAAGCAGUGCAGGAGGAUCAAGCGGGAGGAGAUGAAAACACUGUUGAUGGACCAGCAGAGGGGGAUGAGGUGGUUGAAGAGACGGGAGAGGGGGAGGAGACGGGAGCGGGAACAGCUGAGGAGGAUGAAACAGGAGGAGAGGAGGAGGAGGAGGAUGGAGGAGAGGAGGCAGAUGAGAACAAUGUGGUGUCUGAAUUCAAGGUGGAAGAAGAGGAGGAAGAAGAGAAUGAAAACACAGCAGGAGAGACAAGUGGAGAGAAGGAGGGAGAGACGGGAGCAGAGGGACAGACUCCUGAGGAAGGCACAGAGGGCAAUGUGGGGGUGGAGGAUGCUGUGGAGGAGUUGAAUCCUGAAGAAGAGAAUGAAGAGGUGAAAGAAGGAAACAGAGAAAUCCCCCUGAUAAGCCAGAUGACCAGAACCUCUGUGGAGUCCCAGCCAGGAUCUAUGGAGAACACAGUUUCACCAAUGCGCUCUUUAACACCCAUUGAGACCAAGGAAACCGGCUCUGAUGGACACAAGAUGGCAUCUGCAGGACUCAAAGUGGAGACCAAUUCCUCCUUGGUCCAAGACAGAAAUAUGGUUUAGUUUGGAAACCACUUCUCUUAGGUUAACCUGAGAGCACAAGGUACUGACAUCACAUACAGGUUUACUUGUAUCACUUAGCCAUAAACAUAUACCUCCCUGUGACAAUAGGCAUUGGGGGAAUGUAUUCAAAGUAACAACCAAACUAUAUAUUUAUAUAAUGUAUAAGCAACAAACCAUCUAUGUAUACUUGAUUAAGAUUACUGUAGUGUCAUUCUGAAGCUCAGUGUUUGAAGACUGACAUUGGAAUCUCAGAGAAUCUCAGGGAAGGAGGGUUGUAUGAACGAUUAUGAUGGGUGUAUGACGGACAACUUCCCUAUAAUGCUUGGUACCCGAAUAGUGCUGAGCGAUUAGUGCUUUUUGAAGUUGGUUCGGUUUCGAUUAUUAAAAUAUAAUCAUGUUUUUUUUCCAUUUCAAUUUCGAUAAUUAAAACAUAUUUUAAAUGCAUUAUGGAAUCAUGAAAUUAAACAUAUAUAUAUUUUUUUUGCUCUUUAAUAGAUAUUCCAAAGCCUAAACUAGUGAACAUUCAAUUGCCAAAACAUGUAGAAAAUAUUCCAUUGACUCUGUCAGGUCCACAUUGGGUAGACACCAAUAGAGCAGGUUGAAAUUACUGUGAAAUAAUACAAUAUUUCAGUUGUGUAUAUUUACUUAGGUUUUAUUAAAUGAUUUUAUUAUUUUUCAUUCUUUAAAGUCAUGGUCUCAUAUCUGUUCAGGCAGUAGCUGCCAGCCAGCCCAUCUAAUAUUGUAUCUGUACUCCCCAUACUGUACUGUCUUGUCAUCCUAUUUAGCUAGCCUGCCUAAGUAUGCCGCAGAGCUGUCUGGCUAAAUCAUUUGACUAGUUCUUCAAA